AUGGAGAUACAGCUGAAAACAGUUAAAGAUUUGCUGGCUUCGCCAUCAUAUGAUGAGCAGCAGACUGCCCUUGAAAGAACAACACGUGUUUGUAGUGGCGGUAUUUUCACAAACAUAACUGGCUUUGUCGCAUCGUUUUCACCCAUCAAACAAAACCAACAGAAAACCCGUGAUUACUUUUUCAUUUUCAUCAAAAGUGGUCCUACGGACUUCAAGAAAAUUUUGGUUAGCAACCACAAAAAUAUCAAAAUCAUUAGACAGAAAAUAUUGGAUGCUUUUCAUAACAAAACUCCAAUAUUACUUGCGAAACUUGUACCUAGCAAAGAUCUUUUCUUCUUCAAUGCAUACUCGGUCAUCUCACCAGCAUCAGAUGCCAUUGGCUUUGAUUUGAACGAUGCUGAUGCAGUGCGUUUAGCUGAUAUAGAUGAUGAUGGUUUAGUGACAUCAGUGGUUGGUCAAAUAAAAUUCACUUCAGAAGAAACAUGUCAAGUGUACACGAAGCAGGGUAAAAAUCGCCAGGAUAGAAUGAGAGAGGGCAUCUUUAGUGAUGGUACGAGAACAUUGAAGAUCACUAUUUGGGCUGAUUUAUUGGAAAUUGUUAAGGAAUUCCAAUUGAUUCAAAUAGCAAAUGCGUCAACCAAGACCUUCAAUGAAGAGCUGGUUCUUACAACCAAUUAUUCGACAAUCAUUUGCUUUUUAACAGAAGCGUUGGAUGUACAAUUUGAUGAGUCUGUAGCGCAAAAAGAUUCUACAGCAACAUCGCCUAAGGAAAUGAUCGUAUGUUGUCCCGUUAUUGAGAGUAUUGUCGUGAAAACCUUCUUACAAUGCAAAAUAUGUAAGGGAAAAGUAGAUAUUCGUCCAGGAACUGGUUUGGCAACCUGCACCAAUGUUCACUGUGGUCGAGAUUUCUCAGUCACUCAUUUAAAGCAGCAACCGAACUGCUGCCAAAUAUGUGUUGUUUUGGAUAUGUGUAACGAAUAUGUUGCUUUAACCGUAACUGCUUACAGAGAAGUCCUUGAAGAAUAUUUCGGCGAAGAAAUUGCGGAUGAGGUGAAACUGCGAUCCGAUUUGUUGAAUCUCACAGAUGUUGAUUUUGUUAUCACCAAAGGUCAAAAAGUUAGCAAAAUGACCAUGCAUAAAAAAUGAACUAUUCGAAGAUGAUUCCACUAUGGCUUUUUUUGUACUACUUGUGUUAUUAUUACCGCAGGACUGUGAAAACUGCUUAUUUCAUGCUAUAUAUGUACCAAUUUGUCAGUUGUAGAAAUUGAGCUGAUUUGAGAGAUCAUGAUCCAACACUUCGUUUCUCGUUAAUUUUCUAUUACAGCUUUUAUAUGAAAACUCUUUUUAUAUCAUGUUGAUAGCUGGUCUAACACAUAAAGAUCAAACACUUUUUUGCUCUCUAUUUUUUGUUAUUAUUUUGAUAGGUAUGUGACUUUUCUUUAUUUUCACAUUGUAAAUAUUUACUUUAAAAACAAAAAGUACGUUUGGUUUUGUUAUACCAUGCUUCGUCAAUUUCCAAUGCUGAAAAGUAACUACGCAAUGUGGCCUCUUCCCGCGCAUUAUAUUCUGUUUUUUCAUGGCCAAAAAUUUUCCAAUGAAAAGUUAACCUGCCCUAGCCGUACUGAACGAUGGAAAAAUGAAUUUCGCGGUAUUGCAAAUUGGUCACCUAUCGUAGCGUACCACUUUUCCAACUGCUGCGCAUAUGCAAGC